AUGUCGAAGGCCGAGGUCGACGGCGACACAAUAACGGAGAUUGCUAGAGCUUGCAAUGUGUCCGAAACGCAGAUUGAAGAUAUCUAUUCACCCAGCCCUCUCCAAAGCCGUCUAAUUGUGAGAGCCGAGGUCUUUCAGCUAGCCCUUUCUUUCGGGCCCGAUGCCGACAUCGAUCGGUUCUGCAAAGCUCUAACACAGGUGGCCGCAGCCAAUCCUAUCUUACGCACUCGCUUCGUCGACUCAUGCCUGGGAAUUGUGCAGGUCAUUACAGAUGAAGAACACACCACGCAAACCCUGUCUGGGACCCUUGAUGACUAUCUGAACGAUGAAGACUCGUAUAAAUUAGGUCUUGGAGUACCUCUUUUCCGAUCGAGCCUCAUUGACAGGAAGUUCGUGGCCACGAUCCACCACGCCGUAAUGGAUUACUGGUCCGUGACUACCUUUUUCCAAGAAGAUGUGGUAGGCGCGUAUCAUGGACAAGCGCCGAAGGAACGCCCCCCUUUUAAGGAUUUUGUGGCGCAUAUCUCGAGUAUCGAUGAGUCCGCGGCGCAGACCUUCUGGGGCCCGCGAUUCAAGGGUGUUCCAGCUCUGUUUCCGACAGUUAGCCCGGGAUAUGCUCCCCACGCGAAACAGAUUGGGACGCGAAAGAUCGCAUUGAAAGGGAUCGGCGAGGGAGUGUCUCCUUCCCAUCUAUCUUCCUUUGUCGCGGCAGCUUGGGCUUUGACGACUGGUGUCUACACGGGAAGCGAAAAUGUUGCGUUUGGUCUCGUCUUGUCAGGCCGUUCAUCUACUCUGAACGGUCUCGAAAACGCCCUGGGGCCGACUCUGGCAGAAGUCCCGGUUCAGGUUAACUUACCUCGGAAUCUGACCGUGGAAAAGCUCAUUAAAGAUCGCGCUACAACUCUGCGACAACUACAGACGCAUCAUACUCUGCAAUAUGGCAUCAAGAGUAUUGGUUCCCUCAGCGACGCAGCUCAUAUCGCUUCGGGAUUUCACGCCUUAUUGAACAUUCGCCCCCCGCUACCUAUUGCCACGGAGGCAACAGAUGUUCAGUUCGAGCGGCUGCUGUGGCCACAGGGAUCGUUCAGUCUUGAACUGGUGUGCAGUCUUUACGAUGAUGGGAUUCUAGUUGAACCGAGGAACGAUCCCGAUGUUCUCGACGAGCGGCAGUUGGACCGGGUUUUGAACCAAUUCGAACACACGUUGCAACUGCUUACGGAGGUUCCUUUGCACACCAAAUUGGGCCAACUGCAAUUAUUAAAUUCACACGACCGUGCAGAGAUCCUUGAAUGGAACACGAAUAUCCCUGAGCCGAUCGAAAAAUGUGUACACGACGUCUUUAGCGCCCAAGCUCGCGCUCACCCAGAGGAUGUGGCAGUGGAAGCAAGUGAUGGAAGUUUGUGCUAUGGCGAACUGGAUGAACUUUCCGAUCGUCUUGCUUUCGACUUACAGAGGAGGGGUGUUUCAACUGGCAAGUCAGUUGCACUUAUUUUUGAAAAGUCGCUGUGGGCCAUCGUCGCUGUCCUCAGUGUCUUGAAGACGGGCGGAGUCUGCGUUCCCAUUGACAAAUACGCACUGUAUGACCACAGAGCUUCUAUUGUCUCGACCACGAACGCAAAUAUUGUCUUGACUUCGUCUGCCGAAUACGCGAAUUCGGCUAAUCUGGCCCCUGACGUGAUUGUUGUCAGUCAAGAAUCUAUUGCGGCACUUCCAGACACUGAGACUCUUUUCAAGAGCAUGGUUUCUCCAGAAGAUCUUGCUUACAUCACUUUCACCAGUGGCAGCAGCGUGUCGGCGCCGAAAGCAGUAAUGCUCGAGCACCGCAACUUGGUUUCAUCAUUGACCUCGCUUGUCGAAAGAUUUGAUUUACAGCCAGAGUGUCAGGUGCUCCAAUAUGCCGCUCCUGUAUCAAACACUAGCAUUGGUGAGAUGCUCGCGGCUCUCUUUUCAGGUGGAUGUCUUUGCAUACCGUCCGAAGCGGCAAGCGCAUCGAAUCUUUCUGGCUUCAUUCAGUCUAGCAAAGUCAAUUGGGCGUUUCUACCUCCGGGAGUGAUUCGAACUUUAUCGCCCAAUCACAUAUCUAGCUUACAAUCACUGGUCUCUCUUGGGGAGCCCAUCGCUAUUGAAGCCGCGAAGACUUGGGGCGACGCAGUUCGCUUUUUCAACAGCUGGGGGCUAUGCGAAGCAUCUUUCCUCAGCACCGUCGCAGAGAUUACACCUAACUCAGAAUAUCCAGAAAGCAUCGGCACUCCAGUCGGCUGCGCCAUCUGGAUCGUGAAGCCCGGCAAUACCAACGAGCUCACUCCAAUCGGCGACGUCGGCGAGCUCUGGAUCGAAUCGCCUUCUGUCGCCCGGGGCUUUAUAAACGACGAGCCCAAAACAUCCGCCUCCUUCAUCUCACCACCUCUCUGGGCCUCGUCCUUCCCGCGAAACGCAACCCGCUUCUGUCGCACCGGUGACCUCGCCAAAUACAACCCCGACGGAAGCAUCUCCUUUGUCGGGCGACAAGACAACCAAGUCAAGCUGGGCGGACAAAAGGUCCAGCUAGAAGAAAUAGAGAGUAUCCUGUCAACGUGUCCUCUCGUUCGAGAGCUCGUCACCUCCGCGAAGAUCUCUGCCGGUCGCACGCAGCUGGUUGCGGUCGUUUGUCUAGCUGAUGUGCGGUUUCCGCGGAGUGCAGUGCUGCAGGACUUACCGGAUAGUGAGAAGGAUCUUGCGAAUGAACAGCUUGAUCGGAUUCGCGAUCAUGCCAGGUCUCGGCUGCCGGCUGAACGGGCUCCUACUAUUUGGUUAACGGUCGAGCAACUGCCUCGCACUGUGUCGGGCAAGCUGGAUCGGGGCGCUAUUAGGGAGUGGUUGAAGAUUAAGGGUGGAAUGUGGAUCGUGUCUAAUGUCUUGGAAAGUGCCUCAUACAUGCGCUUGCCAUCUACGUCAGCUGUCGGGGGCCGACUCGGGGCCGAUUUUGUGCCGCAUAUCACUAUGGAGACGCGUUGA